AUGCCUAACCGAAAACCUUUGGAAUUCCAUAAUACCAUCAAAUUUACAAGGAAAGACCAUUCCAACUCCAUUCUUGCAUCGAGUAUCACCGAUUGUAAAAUUCUCACCAAUAUUGAUGUGGAAGGGUUAUCACAUGAUGUGAUCAAAAAGAGUAAUGUCCUCAAAUUUGAAAUUACUUUAGAAUGCAAGUCAAAAUCCUUUAUUUACAAACCCAAUCGAUACUAUUGCUUAAUUGAAUUGUAUGAUCCUAAAAGCAAUACUCUUCUAUGUACACAAGAAGGAAACUCUCUUCUCUCAAAAGAGACCAUGUCCACACUCUACAAGAUUAAUGAUCAACGUUAUUGCUCUCAACUCAAAGUGAAUAUUGAAAAGGUGAAUCGAGGGACAAGAGCUAUAUUUAAAAUCUCUCUCUUGGAUCGAGAGAAGAAAAUAAUGUCCAUGUUGAAUGCCAUCACUACAACUACUACUACUACUACCAACACUAUGCCUAGUGCCUCCACCACCAACAGUGAUGAUUCCACUAUGGACCAAAAGAGAAUGUUGUCUCCAUGGUUGGAUGGUAAUAGAGUUGAUCAUCAACAUGAUACAACUUGUGAUUGCAACAAUGCUUGUUGUGAUAUUGAAUGGCAGAGUGGUGCUUUUCUCAUUCAAGAUCGAAAUUCAAAGAAGAGAAAACAACAAUCAAGAGAUCACUCCAGUAGUCCAACUGCUACUGACACUUGUGAUUCUAAACAAAGCAUUGAAGAAUCAAGAGAGGAGGAUGUACAGAGUAUGAGUGGAAGGAUUGCAUUCGAGAAGAGUGAAGAUGUCUCAAAGUUGAUCAAACAUGAAAUGAGAGAGGAGGAAGAUCGAGUUCCACUUGAUCAUCAUGACAAUAAUAAGGAUGAGAGUGUGACUUGUCAUAAGAAGAAGUGUUCAAAGAAUGACAUUAGGUCCAACACCAUCACUCCACUCACAAAGAAAAUUAAAACAGAAUUGCCACUCCAAAUCAAGAAAGAGAAGAUUACAUGCAAUAUGACUACUAAUGAGAUGAAUCACACGUUGAUUGGACACAAUGAAAAGAUGACCAUCUUGUCCAACACCUCGAAUAAGGAAAACAUUCCACUUGAUAAUGAUUUCAACCUGAAUGAUCCUUCAAAAGAUCAAUUAUUGUUACCCAUGAUGAUGAUAGAUCCAAACAUGAAUGACCAUCUAAUAAUGAUGUCCAUGAUGAUGAAUGAAAAAGAUCAUGUAUACACAAUGACAGAUCCAUCCCAACAACAACCCACAUGUGUCAUGAAUCAUGUUGACCCAACAAUUUCAACCACAAACUCGAGUGACAGCCAUGUAGUAGUAUUGGAUUUGGAUUCCAAUAACAACCACAUGGACAACACAACCAACUCUUCCAUCUUGCAACCUCAUCCUUUCUUGUACUCAAAUUUACCAUUUCCUCCUCUAACAACAAACAGCAACACCUCACUCCCCACCACAUGUUGUUUGGGAUUCAACAAUCACUUGUUGUAUACUACUCCAAUACCACCACCACCAUCACACCCUUCACUACUAUCUUCCUCAAAUGGUGAUUCAAAUGCUGCAUUUCCAUAUUUUGGAAUCGUCCAACAUUCAACUGCCAUGAACCAUCAUUUGUCUAAAAAGAAAAAGACCACAUCGAAUCGAAAUGAAAAAAACACAAUGAAGAGGAUUCAGAACAACUCUGAGAAUCUAUCUUCUUCUUCAAUUCAUGAGCAAUCACCCAUACCUCUCGUGUCAUUAUUAUGUACAUCACCAUUGUCCACCAAUGUGAUAGAAGAUCAUCAAUGGAUGAUGGAUGAAAAGAACCAUUUACUGCCAAAUCCAAGUCCAUCCUCAGGGAAUAGUUUUCUGGAUUUUUCAUUUGGUGGUGAUGGCGAUAGUUGUUGCAGUUUACUUGCUUCAUUGGAUGGAGCACUUACAACUUGUAGUGCUGUUACGAAGGAUUCAAGUUCAAUAUUGGAUGGAUUUUUAAAUGUCAAUGAUGAAUUGAUCUAG